AUGUGGCUGCAGGAGCUGUACACUGAUGGAGACAUGUGUGGGGGGAUGCAGGAGCUGUACACUGAUGGAGACAUGUGUGGGGGGAUGCAGGAGCUGUACACUGAUGGAGACAUGUGUGGGGGGCUGCAGGAGCUGUACACUGAUGGAGACAUGUGUGGGGGGAUGCAGGAGCUGUACACUGAUGGAGACAUGUGUGGGGGGCUGCAGGAGCUGUACACUGAUGGAGACAUGUGUGGGGGGAUGCAGGAGCUGUACACUGAUGGAGACAUGUGUGGGGGGAUGCAGGAGCUGUACACUGGUGGACAUGUGUGUGGGGGGCUGCAGGAGCUGUACACUGGUGGACAUGUGUGUGGGGGGCUGCAGGAGCUGUACACUGGUGGACAUGUGUGUGGGGGGCUGCAGGAGCUGUACACUGGUGGACAUGUGUGUGGGGGGCUGCAGGAGCUGUACACUGGUGGACAUGUGUGUGGGGGGCUGCAGGAGCUGUACACUGAUGGAGACAUGUGUGGGGGGAUGCAGGAGCUGUACACUGAUGGAGACAUGUGUGGGGGGAUGCAGGAGCUGUACACUGGUGAAGACAUGUGUGGGGGGAUGCAGGAGCUGUACACUGUUGUAGACAUGUGUGGGGGGAUGCAGGAGCUGUACACUGGUGAAGACGUGUGUGGGGGGCUGCAGGAGCUGUACACUGGUGGACAUGUGUGUGGGGGGCUGCAGGAGCUGUACACUGGUGAAGACAUGUGUGGGGGGCUGCAGGAGCUGUACACUGGUGAAGACAUGUGUGGGGGGCUGCAGGAGCUGUACACUGGUGAAGACAUGUGUGGGGUGCUGCAGGAGCUGUACACUGGUGAAGACAUGUGA